CUCUAGAACUAUAACCUCCCUAUUUUUUUUUUAUUUAAAAAAAUCAAAAAAGUAAAAUCCUGGAAAUAUCUGCUCUUUUUUAAUAAAUCAAGGAAAAUAUUUUAUUUCACUCUAUUUAUAGAGAGAAACCGUCAUAACUCCCCCUGCUAGCUGCCCAAAACCACUCGCCCUCCCAAAAAGGACCGGAAAGCUCACUCUCAUUCGUGGUUCGAACCAACAUAUUCCUUUCAAUGGUUAAAGGUACUUCUGGUGAUGAAUCACACCCAAAACGGCAGGGACUCUUGAAAGAUCAAGUCAGAUUAACUAAGAAAAAGGACCGUGAUCGCUUUGAGAUAGUCCCAAUCCAAAAUCCUUUGUCAUUUGAGAAAGGAUUCUUUAUUGUUAUCCGUGCCUGCCAAUUGUUAGCACAAAAUAAUGAUGGAAUGAUACUGGUAGGUAUAGCAGGCCCUUCAGGAGCUGGGAAAACCAUUUUCACUGAAAAAAUUCUCAACUUCAUGCCCAGUGUUGCCACCAUAUCGAUGGACAACUACAAUGAUUCAAGCCGAAUUGUUGAUGGCAAUUUUGACGACCCGCGCUUGACGGAUUAUGACAUGUUGCUCAAGAAUGUUCUUGACUUAAAGGAUGGGAAACCAGUUGAGGUUCCAAUCUAUGAUUUCAAGUCGAGCACCCGAACAGGAUACAGGACACUCGAAGUACCAUCUUCUCGUAUAGUGAUUAUUGAAGGAAUCUAUGCACUGAGUGAAAAGUUGCGACCUUUGUUAGACCUACGAGUAUCUGUAACUGGGGGAGUUCAUUUUGAUCUUGUAAAACGGGUUUUAAGGGACAUCCAACGAGCUGGCCAAGAACCAGAGGAAAUAAUCCAGCAGAUAUCUGAAACGGUAUAUCCAAUGUACAAGGCCUUUAUUGAGCCAGAUCUCAAAACAGCCCAUAUAAAAAUUACAAACAAGUUCAACCCCUUCUCUGGAUUUCAAAGUCCUACUUAUAUAUUAAAGUCAGCAAGGAAGGUAACAGUGGACCAGAUCAAGCCUGUUCUCUCUGAAGAUUAUAAAGAGACAAUGGAGCAGAUUUAUGACAUAUAUCUUUUACCACCUGGUGAAGAUCCAGAAUCAUGCCAAUCAUAUUUGAGGAUGCGAAAUAAAGAUGGAAAAUACAAUCUCAUGUUUGAGGAAUGGGUUGCAGAUGCUCCAUUUAUCAUAUCACCAAGGAUCACUUUUGAAGUCACUGUUAAACUCCUCAGUGGGCUGAUGGCCUUGGGAUACACAAUAGCUGCUAUCCUUCAAAGAAGUAGCCAUUCAUUCUCUGAUGAUAGGGUGUGUGUGAAAAUUGAUUGGCUAGGACAACUAAAUCGUCAAUAUGUUCAGGUGCAAGGAAGAGAUCGCUUGGUUGUAAAAUACAUUGCAGAGCAGCUAGGUUUGGAAGGCUCAUACACUCCGCGUACCUAUAUAGAACAGAUUCAACUAGAAAGGCUUGUAAAUGAGGUCAUGGCCUUGCCAGAUGACUUGAAGACAAAGCUCAGCUUAGAUGAGGAUCUGGUUUCAAGCCCCAAAGAAGCACUUUUGCGAGCCUCUGCUGAUAGGGUUGCCAGGAGAUUUAAGAAUGGCAAAAGUGGUAUGUCACACUCAUAUUCCUCUCAAAGGGACAAGAACUUAUCUAAGCUUACUGGGCCUGCUGCAACCUCUAAUAGGUUUGAUGAUAGAAAUCUAGAGUCACCAGCUGCGCUAGCCAAUCAGGGAGCCAUGACUCAACUUUCAGAACAGAUUUCUUCACUAAAUGAUAGAAUGGAUGAGUUCACAACCUGUAUUGAAGAGUUAAAUUCCAAGUUAAUCAUCAAUAAGAACCCUUCUAGCCAACAAAAUAUGGCUCUCCAAGCUGAAGUGCACAAUGGUUCUGCUCCAACUUCUUACUUUGUAUCUGGUUUAGGCAACGGUUCCUUGACUGGAUCCAGAAUGUCCAAUUCCUCAUCUUCAUCUCUGUUGGCUAAGGAGUCACCUUUAAUGGAGGAGAUAUCAGGAAUUGCCCGGGCACAGCGUCAAGUCACGCUUCAGUUGGAUACGUUGAGCAACCUUCUUCGUGAUAGCUUGGGAGAGAGGUUUCAGGGAGUAAGAAAAAACAGGAAUAGCUUGGCUGUCCUUGAUGGCCAAGCUCCCCUUAUUGCAGCAUUGGCGAUUGGUUGUGUCGGACUAUGUUGGUUUAUUCGAGCCCAGAAUUGACUCUAUUAGAUUCACAUUUUUGUUUCCUGCUCCAGAUAUCUUUCCUUUCUUUCGAUAUUAUUCGUAGAAGUUUUCCGCAUGGGCCUCCUCUUGGUCGGGAAAACCAGAUAUCAAUCAUCCAGUUUAUUAUGUUUGGAGUUAGAAGCCUUCAGUUUCUCUGGUAGUCUGUACACUGUAGAAGAGGGGUUAUCAGAAUUUUGUAUUUGAUGUCAUGUUAGCAACUCUUUUUAUCAUAUUCUGAAAUAGGAAAUUAAUAGCAAUAAGGUAUUUUACCUUUGUUA